GUAACUUGAUAGUGAUUAGACAUAACGAUGCUGGCAGAAUGUUGUCUCGUAUUGUUACUGUCACAAACAGUGAUAUCGAGUCCUACCCUCAACUUAAGCAAAGGGUGUCAAUGUGCUAUUAGAAAAGUCAUUGCGGAGAGUGGAACCAAUCCUUGUCCACGAUCCUGUUCCAACCAGUACCAACCUGUCUGUGGAUUCAACCCAUGUGAGGAAGACGACUACCCUGAUAUGAUGUUUAGGACGUUCAAUAACGAAUGUGAGCUAGAGGCUACCAUAUGCGACGGACCAGGAUUUUUGUACCAGAGAGUCUACCCAGGAAUUUGUGUUAUGGACCACCAAGACGAUUCUUCAUGCCUUUUUGUAUCCAACUAACAUCAUACGUCAUGUAAACGACAACCAUUCUGAUGUACAGACCAUGUUACGAUUUGCAAUAAAUGUUUGAUUACAAAUAAUAUUAUCGCCGUACAUUACUGUUAAUGUUGCAGUCACCUAAUGUAAUAAAACAGUUUUAAAAUAGUUUCGUCAUGGCAGGUAUUUGUACAGUUAUGUAUCAGUUAUUUGUGUUUGAUACCUGACUAAUCUGUAGCCUAACAUGAUAGGGUACUAGAAGGUGUAUAAUUGGGAUUAGGCCUAAUGUUUAAUGUUGAACAAUAAGUUAUACGUGUAAUUCAAAUUCAAAUGUUGUUUUGGUAUAUUUGAUUUGUCUGUUAAAACAAGAGUAUAAAUUUGUUUGCUUUUAAAUAAGUAAAAUUGUUCUACUUAUCUUGCUAUGUAGAUUAGAAUAAUACGAGGAUAACAAAUAAAUCCGCUGCAGCAAACCUAGA